GCCUUCUACGAGAUCUUGAACGGAAUGUGGCUGAGAAAUGGUCUGCAGAUCAAGGGCCAAGCUAUGACCUAUAUUCAGUGCAACUUCUGCAACUCCAUGGUCGAUGCUGAUCUUUACUUACUACAGGUCUGCUCAACUAGGAUACCUUCAGAUACCUUUUUGAAUACCGUUAUAGAAAAAUUUCAUAUAAAAAAAUGGAUGAGUUUAGCUGCUUACCAAGGACCUCAGAAUGCAUAUAUGGAGGGUGAAAAUGAUACUCCAAUGUUGGAGAGCUUUUUGAUAUUUAUGGCUACACUCAUAAGCGUAAGAACUAAUCUAGGUUUACCUGAAACUGAUAUGAACCGCUUGGAGAUGGUCACUCUUCUCUGCAUGGGUGACAAAACUCACUCCCAGCUGAUGGAACUGAUGCCAGAACGUUGCGGGACUUCUCAGGUUCGCGAUUUCGAAUCUUUGCUGGACGAAGCUGCCGAUUAUCGCGCCCCAGCCCUAGAGGCUAGCGGCAACAUGCAGCAGGGGAUGUACGUGCCGAAACCUCAAGUAUGGGAAACCCAGUACGAUCCCAUUCACGUCUUGCUUAGAGCUGUGCAUCGAAGAGAUUAUCAGUUUUCAAUGGAUAGAUAUGCCCGAUAUUCGAGGCAUGCAGGUAAACUGAAACCAGGAGUGAUUCCCUGGGCACCAUUUAGGACACCCACUGAAGUCUGUGGGGAAUACGAAGAUCCCCGCCAGAUUUUAAAAUCCAGAGUGUUUCACGCAGCAUCUUUAAUCAUCCUUUAUAAAGCUCUCAGGGGACACGUUAAUGAACACGUAAUGGCCUUGACAGUGUUUCUGUUGGAACAAGCUGUUUUGAUAUCUGCUCAGGACGAUAACAAGGUGAGAAUGUUUUCUUUUUAUAAUGAUAAUUCUCCAAGUCCCACGGAAACACCUGCUUUACCUCCUCCGUCUUCUCUACCUGCUCUAAUUGCUGGAAACGAAGUAGGUAGGACAGUCCCAAAGGCAAAACCAGUUACCGCCAGUAGAGAAUUGGUUCCAACAACGUCACAAAGUCACAGAAAACCUGGUCGGACAAGAAGGAAGCAGGCUGUAGCUGGAGCAAGCAAUUAUCCGCCAACUGUUAAAGUGAAUGAAAGCAUAAUAUCUUUACUUCUUCGCCUUCAUUCUCAACUAUCCGGUGCUCCGGACAGUUACAAUCCUGACGAAGAAGUUGAAGCACCCUCUACUCCAAACGAAACUCCUGUCGGUGAUGGAACCUUUUACAUUGCCAAACUCUUGAGGAAGAUGUCGUCUGUAGAUAGCAGCUGCAAAAAAUAUAUAAACGAAACGAGAUUGAAACUGUGGCCGAACCAGAAGGAACGUGAAGAAGCUAAGAGGCAGCGUGAAGAAAGCGAACGAGAAGAACGACGUAGACGUGCAAAGGAACGCCAAGAAAAAUUAAUGAAAGAGUUUGCCAAUAAGCAGAAACAGUUCAUGGAGAAAGCCAUGGAAACUGAUCAGAAUAUAGAUAUGGAAGCAGAAGAGCUGGUUAAACAACAAGAAUAUGAUUGUGUUAUUUGCAGCCAAAGUACCCCUAGCACAGAGGACCAUCCAAUGGGACUUGUCGUACUCAUACAGGCAACCAGCGUUAUAGGCCAUCGAAGACGACAAGGUCAGGAAAGACCAGUUUUACCCACUUGCGAGGAUGAGAGAGAGUUUUUGCGAAGAGAUGAUACUUUAUCAGGGGAGUUCGAUAAGAGAAUAUAUGAGCUUGACAGACAUUUUGAUCCGCAAUCUUGGUUUCUGUCUGUAAAUCUUGGAUGGGAUGGAGGCGUUCAUGUACAGACAUGUGGACACUACCUUCAUUUAUACUGUUUGAAUUCCUAUUUAAUAUCUUUGAGAACCUUACAACGUUCCAACACCCUGUCCCCAGAAAAGGGUGAAUAUUUGUGUCCCCUCUGCAGACAACUGGCUAACUCAGUCUUGCCUCUAACUGCCGAACUGGGUGAUAAGACACAAAUGGUACGAGCAAAAAAAAAUGAGAGUAUGUCUUUUGUUUUGGAUGAACUUAGUAAUUUUUUGAGGGAAAACGACCAAAAACCGAGUACGUCUGAUAUGGCUGAAGCAAUAGGAAAAGUUAUGGAAGACAUGACUAGUAGCACACAAUUGAAACCAAUGUUCAAGCCAAUAAGCGAGAAUCCCAUACCCCAAAGUUUAUUUCUGUUUGUCACUUCUAUAGCAAGGACGAAUCUAGAAGUGGAACUGAUUCAGAGAGGCGGAACGCUAGUGGUACCUUCGACUGACCCUACAAAUCCUUUGUUACCUAAAAGAGAUUGCAUAGUUCCUUUACUCCACGUCCUUGCCGUUCACGCUAGAGUGGCCAGGGUGUUGGCAAUGUGGCCAGCUUGGAUGACUUUCCAACAGCUGUGCGGACUACCUGCAAAAGUGCCUAUUACCACAUUGGCUCCCAUCGAAAGAGAAGUUCCUUUGUUGUUGAGAGAUCCGACUGCCUUGUUGUUGCAGUUCAUUCUGCUGUUACCUCUACACCUAGAUCAAACUUAUUUCACUACGACAGUUCAAAUGGUAUACAACCUCUUGUAUUAUCAAGUAGUUGCACAAGUAUCAUGUGGCCUGACUGGUGCUGAGAGACUCAGGGCAGCUUCUGGAUCGACACCUGGACAAGUCAGUUGUUUGAGUGAUUCGUUGAAUCUUAUAAACGAAUGUUUGGGUCAUACAGAUCUGUACAUGGAAGACGACGGUGACGGUUCCAGUAGUAAGCCUGAAGUAAAUAUAAUUGCUCUGGAGCAACAGGUUCAGAAGCUGUGCCUUCCGUUUCUCCGAAUAGCCUCUCUUCUGAAAUACCAUCUUUACCAGCAGCCGCUUCCAGAUAUUCGAGGUAGUGAGAAUGAAUUCGUUCGUUUGGUGUACUAUCUGGAACUCGUUACCGAGUCGAUGGACUGGGAUUGCUUCAAUGCCGCAGUGGCUCUCAAUUGGCCCCAAAACACUUCAAUGUCAACUGCCUCACCUCAGUCCUGGUGUGAUCAGAUGGCAGCCUUCAUAAGCAAGAGUCAGAUUGCCGCAAGGAGUUUUCUGGUAGAUCAGCAUAUUUUGUGGAACCCUCCCAAGUUGUUGGAACUACCAAGAGAGUAUGAAAAAAUAUUUACGUAUUAUCAUGAAAGACCAUGCAGCCAGUGUCAGUCAGUGGCACAAGAAACAAGCAUAUGUUUAUUGUGUGGAGCCAUCGUGUGCCUCAAACAAAAUUGUUGCAAACAGCAAAACGUUUGCGAGGCAGUGGCUCAUGCUGCGGAAUGUGGUGCUGGAACUGGCGUUUUUCUAGUCGUCACUUCAACAUAUAUAAUUGUUAUUCGAGGACUUAGGGCUUGUCUUUGGGGAUCCCUGUAUCUCGACGAUUUUGCUGAAGAAGAUAGAGAUUUGAAACGAGGAAAACCUUUAUACCUUUGCAAAGAAAGGUACCAGCUUCUAGAACAGCAAUGGUUGGCUCAUAGGUUUGAUCAUACUAAAAAGACAUGGGUGCAGCAUCGAAAUGCCCUUUAGGAUUCUUUCAAGUAGAUUUUACCUUAUAUUGCAAUACUGAAUAUACUACCUAACAGUCUGAAUGGGUCCGCGUAAAAAAUAAUAAAUUUGAGUUGGAAAUUUGGAAUUAUAAUUGAAAAAUUUUUUCAUUCAUGUAUUAUUGUGUAGAAUGCAAAUGAUCUACUUCAGAAUGUUUGUAGUAUAUUCUAUUUAUGUACAUCUGUUAUUUUAUGAGCUGUGAUAAGUCAAGAAUCCCUUAACAGAUUGAUAUUAAGUAAACUAUUUAAUUCCCAUUUAAUUUCAUUCUUGUUUUUUUUUUUAAUUAUCAAUAUCUGUAUAUUUUCAAUGAUUAUUAUUCUAGUCUAUCCGUUUGUGACUAUCAAUUAAUAAUGUGUCCUAUUUUAUUUAGAGAUCAACAAUAUGCAUAUUCUAAUUUUCAUAAAGAAGUUUUAAUCGGGGUUUCUUUUCAAGUAAUUUUUUUUUAUUUUAUUGCUCUCAGGAAAUAUUUUUCUAUAAAUUGAAAAUAUUUUUUUUGGUUAUAAGGUAAAAUUGCAUAUAUUUCGAGGUAUACUCAUAUGUAUAUAUAUUGGUAUUUUAUCAACUUUUUCACAUAUGUAUUGUUUUUUCCAUGUUUGUUUUUUCUUUGAGAAAUUUUUGUAUGUAUCAUUUUUAAUUGUGAUGUAUUGAAUUUAAAUUUCUCUUAAAACUCGGAUGUAAUUAAAAUUGGUAUAUAAUGAAAAACAGGAUUGUGAUAUCUUUAAAACUGGCUAAUAUGAAUGACUCAUUAAACAUGGAGAUACGAUAGGAAUGAACAAAAUCUGUAAAAUUUCUUUAAAAAAUAUUGUGUUGCUUCAGAUGAUUAGUUGAAUAUAUUACUUCUUAGACAUGUAGUUCACAAAUAUUCAUGUUUCUCGAGCAAAACUUUAUAUCUUCUCGCAAAGUUGUGUUGGUGCUUGCCGCAAAUGUGAAAAAUGUCAGGUCUGUUCUAUUCAAAAUCAUAAUUGCCUGCCAGGUUUGUUGAUAAAUAUUUCACUUUAUUGAGAAAAAUGGUUGAUGACCAAACGAUUAUGUAUAUUGUUUAGAUUUAUGCUACUAGAUCACUGUAAAUGAAAUAAAAAGUCAUAAUCCUUCA